AUGAUAAGUAGAUGCAUCUGCGGAAAGGUCUGCAAGAAUGAUAGGGGCCUAAAAAUUCAUCAAGCUCGGAUGAAAUGUCUGACACAGGAGAUUACAGCACAGCGCACAGGAUCGAUGCCUGGUGAGACGCAGGAGGAGCCCGGUCCGGAGAAACUCCACAGAGCCCAGAACCUCCAAGUGCCAAACACUCCAGGUCCAGACAGAGUAGUCCUACAUAUCAAGUGGCCUCCAGCAAACCAGCACAAGCAGUGGCACCAGUUUGAUGAGGAUACAUCUAGAAUCAUCAGUGUAACAGCAAAGGGUGAUGUGGAAGGACGACUUCUUAAUCUGACCACAAUCAUCACAAGUUUCGCGACUGAGAGGUUCGGCAUAGAGGAGCCUAAGUUGAGUAAAUGUACCUAUACCAGGAACCGCAGGUCAGAUAAGAUCCAUCAACUCCGGAAAGAGCUGCGGAUUCUGACGAAGCAGUUCAGGAAAGCAGCUGAGGAGGAGAAGCCAUCUCUCAGUGAGCUUCGGCAGAUUAUUAGGAAGAAGCUCAUGACGAUGCGUAGAGCAGAAUGGCAUAGGUGGCGGAGAGUUGAAAGAGCCAGGAAGCGAACCUCAUUUGUAGCUGACCCCUUUGGCUUUACAAAAAGACUGCUGGGAGAGAAGCGCAGUGGACGUUUGAAUUGCCCUAAGGAAGAGGUAGAUCACUUCCUGCAUAACAUCUUGAGUGAUCCAGACAGAGAGCAAGAGUUAGGGCCACAGACAGCCCUCUUGAAGGUACCAGCACCAAUAGUUGAGUUCAAUACUUCAGGACCCACCUGGCAAGAAGUUCAAGAGGUGGUAAAAGCAGCCAGAGCGAGUUCUGCUCCAGGUCCCAGUCAAGUACCAUAUAAGGUGUACAAGCGCUGCCCAGGACUCCUUCGAAUCCUCUGGAAGAUUCUCAGAGUGAUUUGGCGAAGAGGGAUCAUUGCAGAACAGUGGAGGGAGGCUGAGGGUGUCUGGAUCCCUAAGGAGGAGAAUUCAACAACAUUGGAGCAAUUUCGAUCCAUCUCACUCCUCAGUAUGGAGGGCAAAAUCUUAUUUAGCAUUUUAGCUAGAAGGAUGACAGACUUCCUACUGAAGAAUGGUUAUAUUGACACAUCGGUACAAAAGGGCGGCAUUCCUGGAGUGGCAGGGUGCCUAGAACAUACUGGAGUCGUCACACAAUUGAUAAGGGAAGCACGUGAGGGAAAUGGAGAUCUAGCUGUGCUUUGGCUGGACCUUGCCAAUGCAUAUGGGUCAAUCCCUCACAAGCUGGUUGAGACGACUCUAGAUCGGCACCAUGUACCCUGUAAGAUCAAGGAUCUCAUUCUGGAUUAUUAUAGUAACUUCAGGCUGAGAGUUACUUCAGGGAGCAUUACAUCAAACUGGCAUCGGCUCGAGAAAGGGAUAAUUACAGGCUGUACAAUUUCUGUGAUCCUUUUUGCUCUCGCGAUGAAUAUGUUGGUCAAGGCUGCUGAAACGGAGUGCAGAGGCCCCCUGUCCAAGUCUGGGGUUCGGCAGCCCUCGAUCAGAGCCUUUAUGGAUGACUUGACAGUCACCACUACCUCAGUGCCUGGGUGCAGGUGGAUUCUUUAGGGCCUGGUUAAGCUCAUUUCUUGGGCUAGGAUGAGCUUCAAGCCAACAAAAUCCAGGUCUAUGGUACUGAAGAGAGGGAAAGUGGUGGACAAGUUUCGCUUCUCAGUGGAUGGCAUAACAAUACCAUCAAUUAAUGAGAAACCAGUCACUAGCCUAGGUAAGGUUUUUGACUGUAGCCUCAGAGAUACUGCGUCAGUCCAGACAACGAUCAAGAAGCUGGAAGCUUGGUUGUCGGCAGUAGAUAAGUCUGGUUUACCUGGCAGAUUUAAGGCAUGGAUAUACCAGCAUGGCAUCUUGCCACGGAUUCUUUGCGCUGUUGGUGUACGAGUGUCGAUGUCUACAGUAGAGGCCCUGGAGAGGAAGAUCAGCUGUCAUCUUCGAAGAUGGCUUGGCUUGCCUCGCAGUCUAACGAGUGUAGCACUAUAUGGCACGAGUAAUAAGCUUCAGCUUCCUAUCAGCAGCCUGGAGGAGGAGUUCAGGGUUUCUCGUAUAAGAGAGGCCCUAGUCUACCAAGGCUCUGGAGAUUCUAGAGUAACAGCAGCAGGUAUUGAAGUGCGAACAGGAAGGAAGUGGAGAGCACAAGAGGGACUGGAGGUGGAAGAGUCUCGGCUUAGACACAAGGCACUUGUGGGCACAGUGGCAACGGGGCGAGCAGGACUGGGAGCAAUCCCAAAGCCACAGUACAACAAGGCUCAGGGCAAGGCGAGACGAGGAUUGGUCCUAGAGGAAGUCCGAGCAGGUGUUGAGGAGGCGAGGACCAGCAGGGCGGUGAGCAUGCGGCAGCAAGGGGCAUGGACGAGGUGGGAAGGAGCGCUGGAGAGGAAGAUCACCUGGAACGACAUCUGGAAGGCAGAGCCAGGGCGUAUUAAGUUCCUGGUCCAAGCUGUGUACGACAUGCUCCCCAGCCCAACGAACCUGCAUGUUUGGGGUAAGAGUGAAGUUCCAACGUGUCCACUCUGUCCUGGACGAGGAUCCCUGGAGCAUAUUCUGAGUAGCUGCCCAUCUGCCCUUGGAGAGGGCCGAUACCGUUGGCGACACGAUCAAGUCCGAAAGUGUAUAGCAGAGACCAUUUCACAUGCAGUGGCCAACAACAAAUAUGUUGGCAGCCAGAGAAGAAUUGCCUUCAUAAGGGCUGGUGAGCAGGCGCAAGCAAAGCAAAAAUCAUUCAGCCUCCUUUCAUCUUCAGCAGACUGGGAGCUUCGGGUUGACCUGGGCAGGCAGCUCAAGUUCCCAGAAUUUGUAACAUCAACCUCAUUGAGACCCGACAUAGUUUUAACAUCUGCAUCGUCCAAGCAAGUCCUUUUGCUGGAACUGACAGUCCCAUGGGAGGACCGCAUGGAAGAGGCAAAUGAGCGUAAGCGGCUCAAGUAUCAGGAGCUCAUUGAGGACUGCCGAAGGAAGGGCUGGAAGGCUUGCUGUGAGCCCAUAGAAGUAGGGUGCAGAGGAUUUGCCGCUCAAUCCCUGUGUAAGAUCUUUGCCAGGCUUGGAAUCACAGGAGCUGCAAAGAGGAGAGCCAUUAAGUCCAUCACAGAAGCCGCAGAAAGAGCCUCAAGGUGGAUUUGGAUCAAGAGGUCCGCAAAGUGGGCCAGUGCUGCUGGGACACAAGUUGGGGCGUGAUCAACCCCGGCUGGGUCACCUGAGAGAGGGCGUCUGAUGUUGUGAGACCCG